UUUCGUAAUAUCGCAUACGCAUGCGCGUGGUGUGCGUUAACUACAGUCUAACUACAGUCUAAUGCAGCCUAGCAACGUUUAAACUACCAGAAACAUCAUUUUAAAGCAUGUCAGAGAAAGGAGAAGUAGAUUUAACUGGGGCAAAGCAGAACACGGGUGUAUGGCUUGUAAAGGUACCCAAAUAUCUCUCUCAGCAAUGGGCGAAAGCGACCGGCAGAGGAGAGGUCGGGAAACUCCGAAUUUCCAAGAAAGGAAACCAAGGAAAAGCAGAGGUGUCUUUCACUCUGAAUGAAGAGCUGACCGUGAUCGAGGGCAUCGAGGACAAGUCUGUGUCGGCGCCUCGUGAGCAUCCGUUCACCAUGCAGACAGUGGGGGGUCAGACGCUGGCGGUCUUCACAGAGAAUUCAUCGGGCCAGUCAGAAGAAAGAUCUGAUGGCAGCAGCUCAGUUUCGGGGGCAGGUCCAGAUAAAAUCGCCCUGGAGGGAGUGGUAGUGCAGAGGGCGGAGUGCAGACCUGCAGUCAGUGAAAGCUACAUGAGGCUUAAGAGGUUGCAAAUUGAAGAGUUGGCUAAGCCGGUCAGGCUGUCACAACAGCUGGAUAAGGUUGUCACCUGCAACUACAAACCAGUGGCCAACCAUACGUACAAUCUGGAAUACGAGCGGAAAAAAAAGGAAGAGGGCAAGAGAGCAAGAGCAGACAAACAGCAGGUGUUGGACAUGCUGUUCUCUGCUUUUGAAAAGCAUCAGUACUACAACAUCAAAGACCUGGUGGAAAUCACCAAACAGCCUGUGACUUACCUGAAGGAAAUCCUGCGUGACAUUGGCAUCUACAAUGUGAAGGGAACACACAAGAACACCUGGGAGCUCAAACCAGAAUACAGACAUUACCAAGGCGAUGAAAAGACUGACGAAUAGAGCCUGAUGCACCUCCAUCUUAUUUUGAUAGGUGUGGUCUGUGUUGGCCUCUGGAUUUCCAGUCAUCAGGCCAAAGCAACAAUGCCAUUGUUGCAGCUGGUUAUUUUGUAGGAGACAUGGACAUUAAUUCAAGUAUUAUCCAUUGAGGCCUCAGUCUAUGACAUUGGUUUCAUCAGAGGUUCAUAGCAUUUUGCAAACAUUGCAUUUAGGAAUGUAGCUGCUUGCAUUUUAUUUUUAGUGACAAGUAGUUCCCAUCGCACACCUGACAUGUGCUGGGGAAGUCCUGUUAUUUUACCUGAAGACACAUUGCUGCUGCAGGUCUUCCUACAUGUUUGCUUAAUGCAUCAUCUCACAUCUGCACCGUUUUUAAGAGGAAUAAAUAGUGCAAUAAAGGUUUUUCUAAAAA